AUGGUGCUCAGCACCCGCCUCGCCUUGUCCCUCCGGCCUACCCUGGCAGCCCUGUGCCCAGCAGCCCCCCUGCAGCGCCGGGGGCUCAGUGCCUCCCCGGCACCGAAGCACACAAUCGACCUCAGGGGCAUCUUCCCACCCCUUGCUACCCCCUUCUCACCCACGCAGGAGGUGGAUUAUGCGCAGCUGGAGGGGAACCUGCGCCGCUAUGCCAGCAUCCCCUUCCGAGGGCUGGUGGUGAUGGGCUCCACUGGCGAGUUCCCCUACCUGUCCCCCCGUGAGAGGCUGGAAGUGGUGGGCUGUGUGCGCCGAGCUCUGCCCAGGGACCGCCUGCUGCUGGCUGGCUCGGGCUGCGAAUCCACCCAGGCCACCAUUGAGCUGACAGGAAGCAUGGCAGAGGCGGGGGCUGACGCAGUGCUGGUGGUGACACCCUGCUACUACCGGGGGGCCAUGACCAGUGCCGCCCUUGUCCAGCACUACACAAAGGUGGCUGACGCAUCUCCCAUCCCCGUGGUGCUCUACAGUGUCCCUGCCAACACUGGCCUGGACCUGCCCCUGGAGGCUGUCCUCACCCUGGCUCAGCACCCCAACAUCAUCGGGAUCAAGGACAGCGGGGGGGACGUCACUCGCAUAGGGCUGAUGGUCCACAAGACGAAGCAGAGGGGGUUCCAGGUACUGUCAGGAUCGGCCGGAUUCCUGCUGGCGAGCUACGCCCUGGGUGCCUCUGGAGGAAUCUGCACCCUUGCCAAUGUCCUGGGGUCCCCACUGUGCCAGCUGGACCACCUGUGCCGUGAGGGCUGCUGGCAGGAGGCCCGUGACCUGCAGCACCGGCUCAUCGAGCCCAACAUGGCAGUCACCCGCCAGUUCGGGAUCCCGGGGCUGAAGAAGGCCAUGGAGUGGUUUGGCUACUAUGGGGGUCCCUGCCGCGCACCACUGGCCCCGCUGAGCCCCUCCCAGGUUGAGUUGCUGAGAAGCACCUUCAGCACCAAUGGCUGGUUGUGA